AAUAACUGAGAGGUUAUAUCGUUAUCGUCAAUACGUAAUCAUGUAUAGUAAAAUAUGUAAAUAAAAAAUAAUUUUAUAGUUACAUAGCCCGCAUAUAAUCAGAACAAUAUGUUGCUAAGUUUCAUUCGAAUUACUAAACCAUUUCCAAAGCCUAAUCUAUUCUCAAUCACUUACACGUUGUCGCUGCGAUACAACCUAAAACUCUUUACAGUUGGCGUAACGAAAAUGAGUCGACCAAAAGUUUUAAUUACUCGCUCAGAUAUUCCGCGUCCUGGAUUUAAUUUAUUAAAAGAGGAAUGUGACAUUGUCCUAUGGGAAAGACCAAAACCAAUACCUAGAUCUGUAUUACUGUCGAAAAUACAAAAUGUUGAUGGAGUUUAUUGUGUACUGACAGACAAAAUAGAUGAUGAAGUCUUAGAUGCUGCUGGACCACAAUUAAAAGUAAUUGGCACUAUGUCAGCUGGAUUAGAUCACCUAGAUUUAAAAGCUUUAAGAAAGAGAAACAUCAAAGUUGGUUACACUCCUGGAAUUUUAACAGAUGCAACAGCUGAAUUAACUGUAGCAUUAUUGCUAGCUACUUCUAGAAGAUUAAUGGAAGCAUACAAAGCUGCUUACACAGGAGAAUGGGAAGCAUGGUCACCUAUUUGGAUGUGUGGUUCUGGAUUAUCUGGAUCUACAGUUGGGAUAGUAGGAUUAGGUCGGAUAGGUACACAAGUUGCAAAAAUCCUCAAAAGCUUUAAUACUGCUAAAAUAUUAUAUACAAGUAGAACUAUUAAACCAGAAGCAUCUAAAUUUGGAGGGGAAAAAGUAGAACUCAAUGAACUACUUGAAAAAAGUGAUUUUGUAAUAGUUACGACAGCAUUAAUACCAGAAACACGACAAAUGUUUAAUAAAAGCACAUUUAGUAAAAUGAAAAGAUCUGCUAUAUUUAUUAAUGUUAGUAGAGGAGAAGUUGUUGAUCAGUCUGCUUUGAUAGAAGCUUUAAAAGAAGGAACAAUUGGAGCAGCUGGAUUAGAUGUUAUGACUCCAGAGCCCAUUCCACUCGACAGUGAACUAUUAAAAUUGAAUAAUUGUGUAAUACUACCUCAUAUUGGUAGUGCUACCACAGAAACGCGGGAAGAAAUGUCAAGAAUUACUGCCAGAAAUAUUUUGGCAGUUUUGAAAGGAAAACCAGAUCAAAUGCCUAGUCCUCUUGAACUAUAAGUACAAGUUUUGUGUAAUAAAAUUUAUGAAUUAUAACUGUACUAUUCAUAAAUUCAAAACAUUUGUUAAUAUUUUGUAUUUAUAUGUAUAAUCUACAAAUCAAUUUAUAAAACUUAAAAGUAUAUAGCACUUGUGAAAUUCUCUAAAUUAUAUUGUUAUUGAUUAGUAGCCAAUUAGCCAAGUUUGCUUCCAUCAAAUACAUAUAAAACGCUUGGUAGUGUACUUUGUAAAGAAAUUUAUGUGAAUUUGGUGCCAAGACUUUGCUGAAAGAAGA